AUGGUGUCAGAAGGGGCUUUGCCCGUUGUAUGGUGUAUGCGCGAUAACCAACUUGUGCCUCACCAAGUAUCCGGUGUUAAAUUACAAGGUGCUGUUACGGGAGCACACAUUGCUGCUGUUACAGACUUUUUACGAAUGGUAGCUGGUACACCUAUCAUUUUACCGCAUACAGCUGUGCCCGAUAAUUUAAAUAAUGAUAUUAAUAAAGAAAAGGAAAACACAAUGUCGCGACGCCGAAAAAUGUCAAUGCAAGUUGAAGUACCCUGUGUUUUUCUAUCUGAAAGUGCUCUACAAAAAGCAAAAAGUCGGCACAAUUCUUUAGAAGAAAAAAUUAUAUUCGAAAAUUCUAGUACAUCUUCCACUAAGUAUCCAGAAAUAGAUAAUCAAUUUUCUAUAGGUAGAACAAGAAAUCUUAAUAAUGAAGAUAGACAUGGAUCCGAAAAAGAAUUUUAUCCCCAAAGAAUAACAAGAAUCAUUGAAUUGGAUGAUUUUAAUACUGAGUUAACAGAUAAUAAUGAGAAAGAACCUUUACAGAGGAUAACCAGGAUAAUUGAAUUUGAAAAUGAUAAAUUACCUUCCCCAGUGUCAAUAGACGAAGAAAAUGAAGUACCACAAAAAAUAACACGAAUUAUAGAAUUUAAUGAGGACAACUCAAUUCCAGCACUAAACAGGCAUACGGAAGAUAUAGAUAAAGAAUCUCCUCAGAAACUAACUAGAAUAGAAGAAUCUCCUAAAGAUAAUUUUCUAAGUAUAGCAAAAAUUAUAGAAAUGGAAAAUGAGAAAUCCAAUGAAAGGCGAUUAUCUUUAACUUGUGAACGAGAAAUCGGGUGUGGAGUUAAUGAACAUAUUAGCGAAAAUGUUAGGUUAGCUAAACCAUUACAACGAAGUAGAUUAAGUGUAGACUCUUCAUGCUCCGAAAACUCUUACGCUAAUAUAGAGACAAUCAAGAGUUUACAGGAUGUAAGAAGAGAUGACACGACAGAUUUUAACAUUAAUUCUGAAUUGUUACCUCCAUUUAAGCCGUUGGUACGAUCACGUUUCCGAAGAAAAAAAACAUCAGUUUGUUCGAUAGGCUCAUUGGACUGUGAUGAUGAGAUAGACGUAAUUUUUAAAUCAAAACCAAAAUCUAGUCAAUGGGUUAGCUUGGAUUGGAUACCACCGCCACCCAAAGAAGAGCCAGUAAGUGCUCAUGUCUGUGAUAAAAAUGAUUUUAUAUCAAAAUGGAUCGCUGAACAAAAUUCCCAAGAUUCGGGUAUUGUACCCGAAGAAAGAAGGAGAAGUCUUCCACCAAAAUCUAAUGAACUUUAUUUACAAAACAUGAGGAGGUUUAGUGAUGGCCUUCAAAUUUGUAAGGAAGAUGCGGCAAGCGAUUCACCCGCGACCGUAAAAUGGAAAUGGCAUGAUAUUGUUAAAAGGCAUCUCCAGUUGUUAAAACAUGAUAAAGGUUUUCGAAGACAAAGGGGUAGUUGGAUACGCACUGCGCGACGGCUCUCGGGAGCAAAUGAAACUAAUAUAAACUUAGAAUCAUUUCCUUUGGAUACAUACAUGAAGCUCAACUCUAUGCCAUGGUACUUCCGCAAAAUAAAACGAAUCGAAGCAGAGAAAAAGUUGCUUCUGCCCGAGAAUGAACAUGGUGCUUUCCUCAUCAGAGAUUCUGAAAGUCGUCACAAUGAUUUUUCAUUAUCAGUUCGAGACGGUGACACGGUCAAGCACUAUCGCAUCAGACAGCUAGACGAGGGUGGCUUCUUCAUCGCGCGCCGCACCACUUUCCGAACACUCCAAGAGCUUGUCGAGCACUAUAGCAAAGAUGCUGACGGUCUCUGCGUCUCGCUUAGUAAGCCGUGUGUACAGGUGGAGAAACCAGUCACAGAAGGGCUUUCCCAUAGAACACGCGAUCAGUGGGAGAUAGACCGUUUAUCUCUGAAAUUCGUCCGGAAACUAGGGCAUGGACAAUUCGGUGAAGUUUGGGAAGGUUUAUGGAACAACACAACACCUGUCGCUAUUAAAACACUCAAAUCGGGUACAAUGGACCCGAAAGACUUUUUGGCAGAGGCUCAGAUAAUGAAAAAACUUCGACACAGCAAACUUAUUCAAUUGUACGCUGUGUGUACUCUCGAAGAACCGAUUUACAUCAUCACUGAAUUAAUGAAAAACGGCUCUCUCUCGGAAUACUUACAAGGUAAAGGUCGUGGACUAAAACUACAAACACUUAUCGACAUGGCGGCUCAAAUUGCGGCCGGCAUGGCGUACCUUGAAUCGCAGAACUACAUACAUCGUGAUCUCGCCGCGAGGAACGUGCUCGUCGCUGAAGCAAAUAUCGUCAAGAUAGCCGACUUUGGACUGGCGAGACUUAUUAAGGAGGACGAGUACGAAGCUCGCGUAGGCGCUCGAUUCCCCAUCAAAUGGACUGCACCCGAGGCGGCUAACUAUAGCAAAUUCUCGAUCAAAUCCGACGUGUGGUCUUUCGGUAUUCUCCUCACGGAACUGGUGACGUACGGCCGGACACCAUAUCCAGGCAUGUCGAACGCGGAAGUUUUGCACCAAGUGGAGCACGGCUACCGCAUGCCGUGCCCGCCCAACUCCCGGCCCUCCCUGCCGCCCCACCGACACGCACACGCGCACGCGCAUCACACCCCCGGUUUAUAUCACAUGCCGCCUGAGCUGCAAAUGCUGCACACGAGCGCAUCAAUGCAACACCUACAGAUGCACCACCCGCUCCCACUGCCGCAUGCUCACCCGCACGGGCACGGGACGCUCGCCCACACGCAUGCCCACGGUGCCCUAGCACACGGUGCCCUACCGCACGGUGCCCUAGGCCACGGGCAUGCCCUACCCCACGCGGCAACGCUCAGCCAGCUGCAGCAGGUCAGCCUCCCGCUGUGCCAUCGCCACAACACGAUGUAUCGUGCGCCC